AAUGGAUUGUGUUGUAGGGCAUGGAGUAGCUCUUGGUUGGCAAAUUCAACUCAUAAAGAAAAAUCCAAAUUACAGUCAUUGCAAAUGGAUUCAAGUUGUCCAUUCUGCCCCUGAAGAAAUUGGAAUGUACAAAAACAUUUCUAAAGGUCAACAAAUGCAGAAAGCAGAAAUAGAACUAUGUAAAAAGGCUGAUCAAGUUGUAACGAUUGGCCCUAAGCUAACUAAAGCAUAUGAGCGCCAACUCAAAAAACAAGAUGUUUUCAACCUGACCCCAAGCAUUUUCAGUGAAUUUUCAGAUGUGCAGCAAGCAAGCGAUGAAAGAAAAACAUUUUGUGUCUUGGUAACUGAGAGUGGUGAUAAUGAAGAUUUUGAUGCUAAAGGAUACGAAAUUGCAGCAAAAGCUAUUGCUAACCUACAGGAUAACUCUUACCAACUCAAGUUUGCUUCCAAACAGAGAGGAAAAGAAGAUGAAAUAGUAGAAAAGUUACUUCAGUGUGGUAUUGGUCGUAAUCAGCUAAUUGUCUGCAGCUUUGAUGAAAACAGGGAAACAUUAGCCAACUUAUUCUGUGAGGCAGAUAUUGCUCUAUUGCCAUCAAGAAGCGAGGGAUUUGGUUUGAGUGCUCUUCAGGCCAUAUCUGCUGGUCUUCCAUUACUUGUCAGUGAAAACUCAGGAAUAGCAGAAGCCCUACGUAGGGUGGCUAAUGGGUCACAGUGUAUAGUAAAAGAUUCAGAGCAUCCUGAAAAGUGGGCCAGAGCAAUAAAAGCUGUGCGUGACAAAGCCAGGAAUGUACGCCUUGCAGAGGCAAAGGAUCUUUGUGCUAACUAUCUCCAGGUGUACAGCUGGGAGGAACCUUGUCGUUUCCUUGUUGAGAAGAUGAAUGAACUUGUAUUUGAUGGAAAAUUAAAUAUCAAGGUUGAUGUGGAACACAUGAAACUUGCAGAUCAUGACACUUCCAGUACACCUUCAGUUUCCACAAUGGAAUCCGCAGGAUGUCAAAUGGCAUCCACACCUCCAGGCACAAACAGAAAAAGACAAUCUGAUACAGAUUUAGAAGAUCUCCAACCAUUUGAAAAGAAAGUCCUAUGCCGAAUUGCUAUGAAUUACCUUGACACUACACCACCACGGAGCAGGGAUGAACGCAGUGAGUUUCAGGAAUACUUGCAAAAAAUGAAGGUCCUUAUCACAGGUGUUUCUGUAGGAAGUUUGGUGAUAACAGUUAAAUGUGAUUCUCUCAAGAGCUUGGAGGAAUUAUGGGAAAAUUACUCAUGCGGCCUUUUGAAUAAGAUGGUUCAAGAUUGUUUUGUUACUGAAAAGGUCUUGAAGGAACUGCACCUGGUAGAGCUUAAGCUGAAGACGACAAUGGACAUAGAGGAGUACAAUGCAUGCAAACUGUACUUUGAGAAGGAUGUAGUCAGAGGUGUUUUAUCCUCUGAAUUCCACUCCAUAAGUUCAACCAGUGAAAGUUCACAAAAACAAGAAGAGCUGAAAAAAUGGAAACAGAAGACAAAGAUUGAGGAGACGGUGGAAAUGAAAGGUGCUUUGUCAGCUCAGUCAUACUCCACAGGUACUGAAGAUGAGGCACAGAUAGAAAGAUGGAAACAGAACACAGAGGUUGUGGAGUCAGAGAAAGUGAAAAGUAAACACAACUGAAUCUAAAGCUUACUAUUCAGAAAU